AUGACCGACCUUAGCAUUUCAAAAUCAGUAACCGAAUAUGGUUGUACCAAAAGCGCAGACAAACUUCAUCAGUAUAUAUGCGAUCAUUCACUACGUCUGUCUGAAGCACAAAAGUGGUUAUUGCAGGAGAGUAGAAAACAUCCACUGUCAUCAAUGCUUUUCUCCAGUAUAGAAAUGCAACUUCUAUCGAAUUUGUGUUAUGCGAUAAAUGCUAGAAAGACACUUGAUGUUGGAGUUUAUACUGGAUAUAGUGCAUUGUCUAUCGCGGAAGUAUUGCCGUCAGAUGGACGUGUAGUUGCCUUGGAUAAAACGGAUGAAUAUUUGAAAGACUAUUGUUUGCCAGCAUGGAAGAAGGCAGGUGUAGAAUCGAAAAUUGACUUCCGACUCGGUCCAGCGCUUCAAACACUACAAAGUUUGAUUGAUAAUGGAGAGAGUGAAACAUUCGAUUUUGCCCUGAUCGAUUUAGAUCAACGAAACUACUGUAAAUAUUACGAAUUAUGUUUAAAACUAGUUCGACCUCGUGGAAUCAUCGCCAUUGAUAAUGUUCUAUGGAGUCAGUUUGUGCUCGACGAGAAUGAUAACAGUCCUGAAACUAUCGGUAUAAGAGAAAUGAAUGCAUUGAUAGCUAGAGAUAACUCUGUUCGAAUUUCUCUCUUAAGAACUGGAGAUGGAUUGACAAUUGUUGUGAAGAAUUGA